AUGUCAGCUUCAACCCCUCCCGAUCGCCAAUGGUGGAAAGAAGCUGUUGUCUACCAAAUCUACCCAGCCAGCUUUCUCGACUCAAACGGUGACGGGCUCGGUGACUUGCCUGGCAUCAUCUCCAAGCUUGACUACAUCCGUUCAGUAGGCGCUACAGCUAUUUGGCUGUCGCCUAUCUUCAAGAGUCCUCAGCAUGACAUGGGCUAUGAUGUUUCAGACUAUCGCGACAUUCAUCGUCCAUACGGUACGAUUGAAGAUGUUGACGCGUUGAUCUCUGGGUGUCAUGAGCGGGGUAUCAAGGUGCUACUUGAUCUUGUGGUGAAUCAUACUAGCCAUGAGCAUGAAUGGUUCAAAGAGUCCCGCUCUUCAAAGACAUCACCAAAGCGAGACUGGUAUUUCUGGCGUGAUCCGAAAUUUGACGCUGAUGGUAAUCGAAAACCGCCUAACAACUGGGCUUCCAUCUUUGGUGGCAGCGCCUGGACGUACGAUGAGACGACAGAACAAUAUUACCUCUCCCUCUUUCUUCCCGAACAGCCUGAUCUCAACUGGGCCAACGAUGAGAUGCGUGAAGCAACAUACGACGAUAUGAAGUUUUGGCUCGACAAAGGCGCUGAUGGCUUCCGCAUCGAUUCAAUGAACCUCAUGUCCAAGCACCCUGAUCUUCCCGAUGCACCCAUAACUCGACCAGACGCUGAGUUUCAGUCGGGUGCUAAAUACUUUGCUAGCGGUCCGCGCAUGCACGAGUAUAUAAGAGAGAUGAGGGAGAAAGUCAUCGACAAGUAUGACUGUAUGACGGUCGGAGAACUAGGCUUCACAAAGGAUGAAGAUAGUGUUGCGAGUUACGUUGCAAAGGAUAGGCAUGAGCUGAAUAUGUUGUUUACGGGAGAUAUUGUUGAUAUGGACUUUGGUCCAAAUCACAAAUACGAACGUGAUGACUUCAGGUUGUCGAAGCUCAAGACUAUUACGAGCCAGUGGCAGGGAGCUAUGCCGAAGUUUGACGGCUGGAACUCUGUUUACAUGGACAACCACGACUCUGGACGCUCUCUAUCACGCUAUGGAUCUGACAAGCCUCAGUUCCGCAAGGAGGCUGCCAAGAUGCUGGCUAUCUACCUCGGUACACUCAGUGGAACGCUGUUUCUUCUCCAAGGUCAAGAAAUCGGCAUGGCGAAUGUCCCUGAGUCAUGGAAGAUUGAAGACUACAUUGAUGUCGAGGGGCUGAACUACUACAACAGUGUGCUCAAGAAGAGGGGGGCUGGAGCUGAUAUGUCCGACAUCAUGAGAGAAAUGAGACUCAAGGCCAGAGACAACGGUCGCUUGCCCAUGCAAUGGACCGCGGACCCCAACGGAGGAUUCACCCCCAGCGACAAGCCGUGGAUGCGCGUCAACGACGAUUAUGAUCAGUGGAACGUUGCACAGCAAGAAAAAGAUAACGAUAGCGUGUUGGCUUUCUACAGAGAAGUUCUUGAGCUGCGACAGAAGGAGAAGGAUGUUUUUGUGUAUGGAAGGUUUGAGAUUCUGGAUGAUUACAAGGAUAGUGAGGAUGUGUUUGCGUAUACGAUGACGAGUUAUGAUGGGAGGAAAGCACUUGUUUUGUUAAGUUUCUCGGAGGAGGAGCAGAAGGUUGAGGUUAAGGGGGAUUGGGGUAGGAGGUUGCUGGGAAGCAAUGUUGAUACUUUUGAGGGGGGGGUUGUGUUGAAGGGGUAUGAGGGAGUGGUAUAUGCUGGGUGGUGA